AAAAUGCAAAGGGGAGAGAGAAUUCUAGGCUUACCUCGUGCAUUUGUUUUUCUGGCUGUUUGGAAAUCAAGAUGAAAUCUGUGUGAAGUAUGUAGUGGGUCAUGGAGACAGUAACAGUGCAAAGCCAAAGGUGUUUCUGUGGAGAUUCUGAUAGUAUUUUUAGCCUAUAUUCAUUCUUUGCAGGUGCUAAAUAGGUUUUUAUGACAAAUAACCAUUUUGGGGGGUAUUAUUUGGUAUUAUUUGAUGUGUAUUACUUCUAGGCUUUUCUGUGGGUUUAGGAUCCUGAUGCUGGAUCGUCAAGCCUUGAGUCCAGUGAUUGUAUCACUUGUUUAAUAAGCUUACAUUUCCCUCAGGGUAGGAAGUGAAGUCCUUUUUAUUGAGUAGUUUUGAAGGUGCUCAUGUUUUGUUUGAUAUGUGUUUUUUUUUUGCUUGUUUGAUGUUUUUUUUUUUUUUUUUGCAGUGUCUAUUUAUGGAAUUUGGUUUUAUGAUAAGAAGGAAUGUCAAAGAAUUGCAGAGCUUAUGAAAAACCUGACUCAGUAUGAACAGUUGAAAGCCCACCAGGGAGCUGAAGCAGGAGUCUGCCCCAUGACCCUCACUUCAGGAGAGGGCAAGGAAGUAGAUAUCUUACGAAUGCUCACCAAGGCCAAAGAUGAAUACACCAAGUGUAAGACCUGCUCUGAGCCAAAACAGAUGACCAGUUUGUCUGCUAUCCACGACAACCCCAAUCUCAUCAAGCCCAUCCCAGUGAAGCCCAGGGACAGCCAGCAGGUGCACGACCCUCAAGUUCACCAGCUCCUACCGGUGCAGGGCCCUCAGCUCCCUAUGGCCAUGGCUAUCUUGGACUCUUACAAAACUUCCCCCCAGAGCAGAGCCAAGGGAGGGCGUGGUGCUGUUCAGGAAUGUGUCAAGACCUUUGACCCUGAGCACCAACACUUGGCCUUGACAGCUCUCUUUGGGAGGCAGGACAGAGCCCGGUGUCAGCAGAUGGUGGAACAGCCGCAGGUCGUGCCCCAGCACCGGCACUGGCACCAGAAGCUUUCCAGCAGGCCAGGGGUUGUCCGGUCCCUGUCCUACGAGGAGCCUGGGAUACACUCUCCCCCAACAGAGAAGCCGCUGUGCCCAGCCAUUCAAAAACUCCUGGUCGGCAGUGCAGACCUCCAGCUGCAGCCCGGGCUGCCCGAGAGCCAGCCGAGUGGGCCGGGCAGCGCGCAUCCUGCUGGAGCAGCUCACUCCGGACCUGCCCAGCCAGGCUGUUCCCGUGGCCAUGGAACGGCCUGUCAAGCUCGGACUGUCCCCAGAACUCGGAACCUGUUAGAGAGGCUUCCCGGUGUUCCGGGGCCCGCCAGCCCAUGCGGCCUGGGUGCUGUAGGUCUGGCUGGCUCCACUGCCCCCAGUGCUGGCACAGCACUCCAGGCAGCUCAGCCCCAGCGGAUUCUUAACAAGGACGGCCUCCCUCCGCCCACAGAGGGACACCAACUUCCUGGGAGAGAACAGUGCCCGCUCUCUGCCUCUGGCGCUCAGAGCUGCAGCUCUGGAAUGGUCUCCCCACAGGAGCUGCUGACCAAGCUGCAGAGAGUUCAGCAACAGCAGCAUGCAGCACCCCGCCCGGCGCUGGCCGCCAGGUUCCCCGCGCUGCCCCAGGAUGCAAGGGCGACGACCAAGAUGCCUGGAACUGGGAGCCAGAUGCCCCUCUUCCAGCAGGUCAUCUCGCCUCAGCACGUCCUGGCUCCAGCGGCUCCUUCUCUGCUCAUGACACCCCUGGUAUUCGCACGGCCCACCAUCAUCCCACCCCAGGAGAGGGACGGUGGGCUUCUGCCCCCAGGGAACCUUGAGCCGGCAGCCGCUGGCCUCGUCCUGCCACUGCAGAAGCCCAAGGCCCCCCUGGCUGGCAGCCCGCUCAGCAAGAUGCAGCUACAGGAAGCAUUGCUGCACCUCAUCCGGAAUGAUGACAGCUUUUUGAAUAGGAUCUACGAAGCUUAUCUCUUCAGUAUGACGCAGGCAGCCCCCAAGAAGACCUUGUGAAAGCCAAGGUCAGAGCUUGGCCCUCCGGGAGUCUUUCAUGUCACGUGCAACUACCCUGAAUGUUCCUACAUAUAUAUAUAUAUAUAUUUUUUUUUUUUAAUAGAAAAAAAUGUGUGUAAUAAACCAUUUCAGACUUUU